ACAUUCAAAGUUAAACAUUUGCUUUGCUGAAAAAUCAUGCAGCCUUGCUGACAAUGUACUAUUUUAAAAGCAAUUGCUCAUUUGAGAGUAGCAAGAUUGUAGAAUCAGUUAAAAAGAUGUAGAGAUAGUAAAUCUGGAAGAACUGGCUUUGACAGUGCAGUAUGCCGAUUGCAGAUGAUUGAAACAAAGGAAGGGGGGGAGGUUGUUUGUCUCUAAAGAAAUUUAGCUUUGAGCUUUUGAGAAUCGGCAGAGCUUAUUAUUAAUUCAGGAUCAAAGUGGAAAUUGUUAGAAAUUUUAAUAAACGUGUUACUAUUCCAUCUCCGCUUCUUUGCUCUAUAAAUUUGAAUUAGCUACCUGCAAUUAAGCAAGUAUUGCAUUGACCAAAUCAUCAUUGAAAAGUUCGACUGUUGUAUUUAAAGAUGGCAGACCUUAAAGAGAAAGUGAUAAUCGAUACAGAUUGUGGAGUGGACGAUGCGCAAGCAAUAGUGAUAGCUUUGAGUAAACAAUUUUCUGAUACGAUUGACGUGAUAGGAAUAACUUGCUGCUCAGGAAAUGUGUCUGUUAAUCAAGUCACCAUAAAUGUUUUGAAAGUUCUUACUGUCCUUGGAAGACUUGACAUUCCGGUGUACAAAGGUUGUGAGAAACCAUUGAUACCUGUGGAUCUUGAUGCCUCUCAUUUUCAUGGAGAAGAUGGUUUAGGUGAUGCCAGUGAUAUUCCUGAACCAGACCCAAGCAUGGUGCAGAGUGAAUCAGCAGUCAACUUCUUAACAAGAAUUAGCCAAGAAAAACCUGGAAAGAUCACUUUACUUGGUAUUGGACCAUUGACCAACAUUGCAUUAGCAUGUAGGCUACAACCCAACUUUGGUAAAUGUUUUAAAAAGUUGGUAAUAAUGGGGGGCAACUAUCAAGGUAUUGGAAAUACUGCAUUAUGUGCAGAGUUCAACUUUCAUUUUGACCCUGAGGCAGCACUUGUUGUGUUAAGUGAGUUAACAUGUCCAAUAAUAAUGAUCACCUUAGAGUUUGGUGAAAAUAAUUUGUUUAGUCACCAGUUUUUAGAAGGUUGCUAUACUUAUGGUACAGCUAGAAGUAAUUUCCUCAAUAAAAUUACAGAAAGGUCACGUCAAUUGCAUGUUGAUGGAGAAUACGGAUUGCCUACUGAUGUCAUUUUCUUUGAUGAGUUAGCAGCAGCUGUUGUAGUUAGUCCUAGUAUUGUCAUUUCAUCAGAACAUGUGUUUGCAACUGUUGAGUUACAAGGAAAACACACUCGUGGACAAAUGGUUAUAGAUUGGAGGAAUGUGUUGAAGAAAAGAAAGAAUGUCUCCAUUAUUAAAGAGAUAAAUGUUGAAAUGUUUAAGGUGAUAUUUCAAAGAGCUCUACAAUAAUUUUUCUUGUGAAGUAGAAUUACAAACAGAAUAAAAAUUGAAUUCUAUGCAAAAAAAA